AUGCUAUGGUACUAUGUUAAGACGCGUGACUAUAAGAAAGUCGAAUUUCUUAUUAAGUGUGGCGCAGACUCUACUGUGGCAGACUGCGAAAGGGUGACGCCCAUUCAUGUCGCUUUAAUGCAGGGUGAAUUCAUCGACGGCAUCAUAGCGGGGAUGUUACUGCAUUCCCGACCGACUGUGUCUGUAUCCAAGAUGCUCCAGAACGGCCCAAGUCUUGAUGAACUUUUUUCAGUCCACGCCAAUGCUCCUGAUAGCGCCAAUGCCAUGCAGCUUCUUCUGGAGUUGGGUGCAGACGUCAAUAUUGUUCUUAACCAGGAUCACGAAACGCCGUUGAUACGAGCAGUGCGCUACGGUGACCUCAAAGUCAUCAAAGUACUGCUAGAGCACAGGAACAUCAAUCUCUACGCGAAAAACCGGUAUGGGUACACGGCAUUACAUGUUGCUACUUGUGACAAUCAGCUAGGUGCAGUCGAUUUGCUCCUAUCUAGUGAACGCUUUGAUGCAAAUUGCGGGGACCACCAAGGCAACUCUGCCUUCUGGCUAUCUGUACACCUCGGGCGUGACGAUAUCAGCGAGCGGUUUCUCAAUGACCGUAGAGUGGAUAUCAAUUUCAGGGGUAGCACCAAUCCACGAUGGCAAACCACAGCUCUCUACAUCGCCUGUUUUCGCACGAAUGUCCGGAUGGUCUCCUGUAUUCUUUCAUCGACACAUUUACACAGAGUGAAUCCAAACAUUCAAGGAGAAAACAGAAAAAGUCCUCUUGGAAUUGCUGCGUACCAAGGCGCCUAUGAGUUAGUGAAAAUGCUGCUUCAGGUAGACGGUAUCCAGAUCAACGCAAAUGACGAAAAAGAAGACGAUCCUCUGUGGCUGGCAAUUCAAACGCGUUCAAUGUCGGUAGUUGAACUUUUCUUGAGCGACAGUCGACUUGACAUUAAUUGCCAGAACAACCAAAAGGGAGAUACUUAUCUCAUUGCCGCGGUUCGCAAUGGCAAUCUUUCCCUCGUGAAAAAGCUACUCGAGUUUAAGAGCAUUGAACCUAUGAGAAGGAACGGGGAGGACCAAAGUGCGCUAGAGAUCGCCCAUGAACUAGAUCACUCCCACAUCGUUCAGAUAAUGGCCGGCAGAGGAAUAGAGUGCUGA